CAACCCAGGGCCUAAAUAAAUACAAAAAAUAGGCAUGGGGUUGCUUGAUCAAGCCAACAGCACCAUCAUCUUGGAAGAACAUAUCUUAGAGAAGAAGCCACCCUCUGGUUGGCAUGCAGGGAGCCUUGUCACCCCUAGCCAGGGAUUCCAAGGAGGAUCCAGUGAUGUUAUGAUGGACAGCACCAAGAUCUUGGGGGUCCAGAUCAUACUGAUAAUGGCCUAUUCUGUCAUCAUUCUGCUGGGAUUCAUUGGCAACUCCUUAGUCAUCUACAUGAUAGUGAGAUAUAAAACUAUGAGGACUGUAACCAACUUUUUCAUAGCUAACUUGGCUCUGGCAGACUUAAUGGUAGAUACUUGCUUGCCCUUUACUUUGGCUUACACUCUGCUGGAUGAGUGGAAGUUUGGGGCUGUACUUUGUCAUUUGGUGUCCUCUGCUCAAGGUUUAUGUGUUCAUGUAUCUAUUCUCACAUUAACCGUGAUUGCUCUGGAUAGGUACAGAUGUAUUGUUUUUCAUUUAGACAGUAGAAUAUCCAAGAAGAUCAGCUUCACCAUCAUAGCUACUAUAUGGUUGGUUGCUGUUCUCCUCGCUAGUCCAUUGGCUAUCUUCCGAGAAUACAGAUACGAAGAAAUUCCAUCCAUCAAUCUCAGAAUAGCUGUCUGCUCAGAGAAAUGGCCUUCUGAAAACAGAGAUGCCACUAUAUACAGCUUGUCCAUGCUCAUCCUGCAAUAUGUUUUCCCUCUUUCUAUCAUCUGUUUUGCCUACAUCAGGAUAUGGUUCAAGCUGAAAAGUCACAUUAGUCCUUCUGCUAGAAAUGACACUCACUGUCGCAGGAAAAAGACCACAAAGAUGCUUUUCAUGGUCGUUGUGGUGUUUGCUGUCUCUUGGCUACCCUUCCAUGCUUUCCAACUUGCCGCAGACCUAGAUCUGGCACUUGCCCUCCAGGACUAUAAACUCCUUUAUACUGUAUUUCAUGUAAUAGCCAUGUGUUCCACAUUUGCAAACCCUUUGCUCUAUGGCUGGAUGAAUAAGAACUACCGCAAUGGAUUCCUUAUGUUCUUCCACUGCCAGAAAAAGCCAGAGAGACUGUACACAGAGGGAUCGAUUCGAGGGCGGUCCUGCACGUUCAAGGCCACUACCCUGAAUGGGAGCAUCAAGCACUCCACAGGGGAUGGACAGCUACCAACACAGGUUUAGUGCAUGGCAGCUUCAUCUCCACACAGGGGCUGGAAACUCAGUGUGGCCCACCUAAAACUGUUGUCUUUUCUAAAAAUAAAAAUGUGUUGACUUGCCAAAAUGCUGUCCCUGUCACAGUUAGAUGAGAGCACCUUAGCUAUCUGUCCAACGCACCUUGUGUAUGAUCCAUUCUGCUUUCCCAAUUAAGUUAAACAGUCCUUGCCUCUAAUUUGUGUUUCCUGUUCCAAGCAGCAGAAAUUGUGUCGUGCAAGCAUGCUUUAAUUUAUGAGAAUUUAUGUCUACUGCUGUAUGAAGGAGAGGAGAAAUAGCAGGCAGGAUUAUUUAACUGCUUUAGGCACUUAGAAGGAAUGAAGCUGUUUGCAUCAAUACCGACAAACUACAGGAUCCAGUGACACUCAUUAAAUACACGGUGUUUCCUUUAAUUUCUAUUUCCUGUAGAUUUUUUUGCACUCCUCAUACUAAAGCUGUACCCUAUCAUUUCUUUCAUGGUCAGAGUUCUGGAUACUAAAUUAUUAUGGUUGUAGGUCAACAAAAAAACUGAAAGGAAAAAGAUGUGUAACACAUGGAUUCUGUGGAAAGUUUGUUUUAAAAUAGCUAAUACUAAGUUCUUAAAUUAUCAAAAAAUGCCAAAUUCACUUUUCGGUGUCCAGCAGAAAAGAUUGAUCCUGAAUGUUAGGUUCUCAGGCUAGUAGCUUCUGAUAGUGACAGCCACACUACAUUCCACAAUCACUUUCU